AUGGUUUUGUCAUCAAUUUUUAUUAAAAUAUCUUUUGUUUGUCAAAUAGAUGUUCAGGAGUCUCCUGGUAGUAAUAGAAAUAAUAUAGGGUGGAAAAAUUCUUAUAUAAAUAAAUCAUCUGAUACAUUUCCUUAUGAUGCUAUUGUUAGAUUUUCAUAUAUUCCACAAGAAAAUGAUGAAUUAUCUUUGACACCAGGGGAUAUUGUUAGAGUACUAGAUAAAGGUGAAGAUAAUGGAUGGUUGUUUGGGUCAAUUAAUGGUACUAAAGGUGUCUUUCCAGAUUCAUAUAUUGAAAGAAUUUCUGACACACCAGAGAAUAUUGAUAAAAAAAGAACUCCCUCAGAGAGUGGUAGUACAACUAGCAGUCAUUUGAAUAAUACAUCAAUAGAAAGUGAAUUAGAUAUUGCAUUAGUUGCAUUUGACUAUGUAGCGUCUCGUGAUGAUGAAUUAACAUUAAAAAAAGGUGAUAGAAUUCUGAUUAUUGAACGUAAUAAUGUUGAAGAAGGGUGGUUUAAAGGCAAACACCUAACAACAAAUAAAAUCGGGGUUUUUCCAGCAAAUUUUACAAAAUAUCGUGAAAUACCAAUACCUGAAACACCUGUUCAUCGUAAACCACCAAUGCCAGCUCCAAAUAGUUCAAUAUCUAGUGUUAUUCCACCAGCAUUACCACAAAAACCUAAAUCAGUUUCAACACUAGUAACACAAUUAAACUCUUCAUCAUCUAUAACAUCCUCACCAACAUCAUCUCUGUCAUCAAUAGCUGCUCAACAAAAUAUGACAAUUCCAAGUAAUAUAUCAUCUAAUGCAACAAUGACAACACAAGACAAUAGCAAUGCUGCUCUUAAUAAUACUAACGGAUGUAUGAAUAAUUCUAGUAAUGUUAGUCGAUGCCUUAGUCCUAGCAAAGACAUUAACAAUCAAAAUUUAAACGCAGAUUGUACUCAAUCAAGAAAUAAUAAUAAUAAAAGUCCUGACAAUAUUAGUAAUAAUAUGUCUCAUACUCCUGGAAAUAAUAAAAUGAAUAGGAUAAGUUCACCUUUAGAUGGUGUUUCUGUUGCUGAUAGGAGAAAUUUAAUUGGUUCAAAAUUAAAAUUUGAUCCAAUGAAUACUGGUAGAUUUUCUUUAGGUGGAGGAAUGAUGACAUCUCUUAAUACAUCACUAGGACAUGAUCAAUCCAAUGAUAAUAAUUUACCAUCACCUGGAGGUAGUAAAAAUCCUGAAAGUUUAUCUGAAGGAGGUGGACUUUUUGAUAAUAAACCAACAGCAAAAUUACUUGGACCAACAGUAAAUAGAAUUAAACCAGUAGGUAAAAGGCCACCAUCUGCAAUGUUUAUAAAAAACCGGUACACUGCAAUUGAAGAAACAAAUACUCCUGAGAUAGAAAAAAAAUUUGACAGAUCUGUAUCACAUUUAUCUACAAAUGUCCUCUCUCCCACGAUUGGUAGUAAUGUUGACGACAAAGUUAUUCUUAGAAAUAAAUCUCCUACCCUUCCAUCAUAUAGUAAUGAAGGUUAUGUUACAAGAAAAGAAUAUGAUGAGAAGGUAAAUCAAUUAACAAGUGAAAUUGAAUCUUUAAAAAGUCGUAUUAAGGAUUUAGAGUUAAGAAAAUAA